AUGCUCAGGGGGUGUUGUGCUAAGAUAAUGGCGCGAUCACAGCUAAAGCUUAUAAAUGUCGAGCCCGGAAAGGUUGACUUUGAGCUUUUGAUUGAGAAGAUGCACACGAAUAGAUUGGGCACACUUCACGGCGGCGCCAUUGCUUCAAUGGUUGACCUGGGAGGCUCUUUGGCUGUAGCCUCCAAAGGAUUGUUCUCCACAGGGGUAUCAACAGACCUCAAUGUAACAUACCUAAGUUCCGGAGGUGAAGUGGGGCAUGUCAUUCGAGGCGAGGCUACUUGUGAUAAGUUUGGGAAAACGCUUGCGUAUACUACGGUGUUAUUCCGCAACAAGGACGACCGGUUGGUAGCUAGAGGAAGCCAUACUAAGUUUGUAUAUUCCUUUUCUCUUCUCUAG